UUCGCCAAUCAAUAUGGAAUAUUGCUAUCGAAAUCCUUGUGGAUUCACCACUUUAAAACCACAUUUAUAGGGUAUAUUUGCAGGGCCACUUGGCGAGAGAGUGGCCAAAAAGCCUGAAAACUGGGUAUGAUGUAAGAACAUUGACGGGACCGAGGGAAUUUGGAUGAUCAUGUAGGUGCUGUUCGAUAAUUUACUUCGUGCAGUUUGAGUAUUUGGAUAGUUGAAGAAAUAUUAUCUGGUGUAUGCCAAUUCUUCUCAGUCUACCUUCUUCCCAGAGAAAGGGUUUUUAUGAAUUCUUUUCGAAGGAUAUCAGUGCGUUUUAUGUGUCUUUGAUUUGAUCCAGAUUGAUUUGAUGGUUAACUAUUUAUAUCUUUUGGAGUGUUGGGUUCGUGCACAAAUCGCAUUUCUGGUUAUACCAGUACGAUACGAUUGUGCGGUGUAUUUUUGGAUUUUCUAGGGGCCUUGGUGACGAAAGGAUCGAGCGAAUAUGAGUGGUUUUACAAUUGACAGGUCGAAGACGGUUCAUGUGCCUUUCCGCAGUGUUGCGCACCCAGCGAAUGUGGCAGAUAGAGCUGGGGAAAAAAGGGUCAGAGCAGUUAGGAAAUCGAGAUUUAGGGAGGAGGGGUUGGAUGAUGAGUUAAUCGUGAGAGUGGAUGUUGGCAGUUUGGGAGAGGAGUUUGCUGUUAUUGGCAAUAGCUUACGGACGCGGGGUAUGCGGGGUGGAACAUCGACGACUAUACAGGCUUCAAAAGUUUCAGGGGAAAAGAGAGAAAAUGAAGAACCACACGAUGCGCCGAGGGCAGCAAAGUUUGGAAAGACUAGCACACCGAUAAUUGCGACUUCAAAUACACGUACGGCCUUUUCUACAAUACCGAGAGUUGCGUUGCUCGCAUUCUUGAUUGGAGUGGUUGUGCCUGCGUUUGGAUAUACAGGAAGGCAGCACAAUAACAUACAUGUCAUGAAAGGAAACGGUGCCGAUGCGGGGGUAAUAGGGGCUUCAGAAUUGGCGGACAACGGGGGUAUGAUUGAUGGGAGGGCGAAUAGUCCUACUUCAAUUUGUACUAGAUGGAGUCAUAUGAGUAUGUUUUGGUCUGCUUGCUUGGUAUGGUGAUGUAUGGCUAAUUGAGGAAAUUUUAGCUGCGAACGUCAACGGAACAUUAUACAUAUAUGGAGGAGAAGCGACCACGCGGAGUGGGCAAACUACUGAUACUUGGAGUAAGAGGUUACUUACAUAGUAUUUGGGGAUAGCAUUAACCACCUACAGACAACAACUUCCUGAAAUUGGAUCUCACCAAGACCUGGCAAAUCGCAUCACCGGUUCUAUCCGGUUUACCACAACCAUCCGGUCCCCCAGCAGUUGCUAUGGGCUCUCUCUGGCAUACAUAUGACUCGUUAUUUUUGUAUGGAGGGGAGUUUUCAGAUAGUCCACCAACUUCCCCUUCAGCAGUAGCAACGUGGAAAUAUGAUAUUGCAUCGGCGACCUGGACUGAAUUCUCAAAUCCGCGAACAGUGGCAGGCAACGGUUCAGAUGUUUCGCCGGCGGAUGUUCAGCGGGCGGCGGAGGGUGCGGGAUUGAGUGUUCCAGAAUUGGGGAGGAGUUGGUACUUUGGUGGACAUUUGGGUUAGUGUCAUGUGCAUUUCACUACCCCUAUGGGUGGACAAUUUGAUGACUAAAGCUAACGCUUAAUAUUUAGAUAUGUACACAACACCUGGAUGGUCAAAUCAAAUUGCUAGAACAUAUUUGAAGAGUCUUCUAGAGUUCACUCAUCCUGGAUAUACAAAUACUGGCGUGGCUUCAUUGGGAACUACGAGAGGAGCAGGUUCUGGUGGUGUAUACAGAAAUAUUACAGAGGGUGGCUUGCAAGACGAUGCGGGCUUUACGGAAAGAGCUGAUGGUGUUUUGGUAUACGUUCCUGGAUGGGGUGUUGAUGGGCUUUUACUUGGGUUAGCCGGUGGUACUAAUGCGACGUUUGUAAGCAAUGAAGCCUUAACUAUAAGUUGAAGUAUUAACAUCUAUCAGACAGAGAUGAAUAUCAUCGAUGUGUAUGACAUUGCGAGUAGUACUUGGUACAAGCAAAGCACCUCCGGAGCAACUCCUCCCAUUCGUGUCAACCCUUGCGCUGUGGUUGCUGCAGCACCCGACGGUAGCAGUUUUAACGUUUAUUUAUACGGAGGACAAAAUCUUAUUCCUUAUGGUAGCCAAACUCAAUAUUCAGAUAUGUGGAUUCUUACAAUCCCAUCUUUCACUUGGAUUCAAGUUGAUAUGUCCGACCAAUCUCAACCGCCAGCUCGAGCGGGCCACACUUGUAAUCUUUGGGAUGGACAAAUUGUAGUUGUUGGUGGCUACGUAGGAACAGAUAUAUCGUGUGAUAGUCCUGGCAUAUACGUCUUCAAUGCAUCGUCUCUUCAAUGGACCAAUUCAUUUACAACACUUUCGUCCUCAUCUUCAUCUUCCUCAUCAGAUCAGGACUCAGAUAUCGUUCAAGCCUCUACCGGUUAUACCGUCCCUGACGUCAUACAAUCGGUCAUUGGUGGUUUUUCCCUUGGAGGUGCAACAGCUAGUACGCCCGCAGUCGGAUCAGCUACUGUUGGUCCCCUAGCAACCGGCAAGCCGCCUACUUUCACUGUAACACAAUCUCGUUCCACGAUAACAUCGACAGCUACACCUACCUCAUCCACAGCACCUUUUGCUGAUACGGCCAAAAAAGGAACAAAUAAAGCUGCGAUUAUCGCAGGUGUCAUUGCCACCGCAUUGGCCUUCUUAGCUGGAUAUCUUGCGUUUUGUACUUGGUUAUAUCGAAGACAGUUGAAGCUCUAUAAAGAUCAUGUGGCGAUCUCUCAGAGGGCAGCUUUUGUUCCUGCUAAUAGAAUGUUUAGAGCCUCAGAUGGAUCGAACGGGGAUGGAAAUUAUGGGGAGAAAGUGGUAGGAACUGGCAAUGCUAUGAUGCUAGGACCAUUUGGUACUGAUAUUAGUGGAACUGGUGGAGUACAGACUCCUAGUGUGAGGUCUGAAGGAGGAGGCCUUUUAGGUUCUGGGAAUGAAGGAAGUGGAAGUGGAAGUGGAAGUGGAAGUGGAAGUGGAAGCGGAAGUGGAAUCGGAUAUGAUGAUAGGAGGGGCGGAAGUGGAACAUAUGUUUAUGGAGGCGGUAUAAUGCCAGGAGGGGCUUCAUAUCAAAGGAUCAGUGAAGUAGAUGAGGGAAUAAUGAUGGGAAGCGGAAGUGAGAGUGCUAAGGCCGGAUGGAGGGGUCAUGGAAAACGUGCAGGGAGUGAGGGGAGUAUUACGAGUAGUUUGGAGGAUCUUUUGGGUGAUAGAGAACCCAGUUUCUUUAAUGUGGUCAUGAAUCCGAGGAGGACGUUGAGAGUUGUUAAUAGUGAUUAGAAAGUUGGUUGCGGGCUGUUUGAUGGGGCUAGAAUAGUCUGUGGAAAGGUAGAGGAACUUCGGGGCUUGUUUUUAUGAAUUGAGGAAAGGGGGCUGGAAAUAUAUCAUUUUGUCUGGUUUGGCGCAUGUGUAAAGGAAUGGAAAGAAAGGAAGGAAGCACUGUUAUAUUUGGGAUCAGGGGGAAAUUUGAUUUGAGAAUAGUACACGGAUUGGAUACCCAUGUGUGAUUUUAUUUUUAUUUGAGAGAAAGUUUUUUUGGUUGGAUUUUUGUAUGAAUUAUUAUCUUUUGUGUGACUAGCGAUCGCUAAGUCGGUAUUUCUUCUUUGGCGUUCGAUUUAACCUGCGUUGUAUCAUAUUACAUGCGUGUCAAGAGCU